AUGAUUAUCCGAGUUGACAAAUGCAGUACCUUUGGCAUUAAAAAAGCGAUCACAAAAUCAGUUCAGUACUUGCCAAAACUCCUCAUCAGCAAUCAACUAAUACCAAAAAUCACCAUUGGAGAAUCAUUUCAAUAUUUAGGACGUUACUUUGAUUUCCACAUGUCGAAUGAUAAUCACAAAACUGAACUAACCACCCUACUUAAUGAACUAAUGUCUGAUAUUGACUCAAAGCCACUACACCCCAAAAAUAAACUGCUCCUCUACAGUCGCUACGUCUUGUCCAAGUUAGCCUGGCACUUCACCGUCGCAACACUCUCUAAAACAUGGGUUACUGAAAAUAUCGACUCUAUUGCCAACAAAUAUAUCCGCAGAUGGCUUGAAGUACCAAUAUCAGGAACACUAAGUACUGUCUUUCUAGCAAAUAACAAAUUUGGCCUGAGUAUUUAUCCUCCAUCUGUAAAAUUUAUCCAGUGUCAAACAGUCCUCCGAAAAGCUUUAAAAUCUUCUCCUAAUGAAUCAACUAACGACCUGUGGAGAGCAACCAGUAACCAUACUAAUAUCCAAUAUGACGCUUAUAACUCUACUAAGGAAGUUCUCAAAGAUUUCCGUUUUGGACACGAAAACAAACUCCUAAACCAAUUAACCAGUCAAGGAUCCUUUUUCUGCAGCGUCACGAAGUUCGCCUUACCUCAGCUUAGCAAGGUGUGGUCCGUCGCCCAAUCAAAGCUCCCGAAAAACAUUUACAACUUUACCAUUCGUUACAUUAACAACUCUCUUCCGACGCGCAAAAACCUAAACAGAUGGACAAUAUCUUCAAAUUCAGACUUUUCUUUUUGUCUUAGCCCUGAAACAUUACUACACACAGUAGCUGGAUGUCAGUUUUAUCUCGACCGAUUUACGUGGAGACACAAUUCAGUCCUGAACUUUCUUGCUCAUCAGUUACAAACUGUUGACGGUUCUACUCUCUACGCUGAUCUAAAUGGAUUCAAAAGCCCUUCAAUACUUACUGGUGAUACGUAUCGCCCAGAUUUGUUAUUAUCGUGCUCAAAUGGUUCCUCAUAUGUGGUUGAACUCACCACUGGUUAUGAGACAAACCUUAAAAGCAACGUAAAACGGAAGAAGGAUAAAUAUAGAGAAUUAUUGAGACAGCUAGGUAAAAAUUUUAACCAAGUUAAAUUUAUAAAUCUCUCCAUCAGCUCUUUAGGUAUUUUUGCAGAAGAAUGUUAUACAUUUUUAGACAUGUUAGAUAGUAUUGGUCUUGACAAAAACCACCAAAUGUACUGCGUUAGGAAAAUGAUGGCUAUUGCUAUUAGAACUACAUAUUACAUUUUUGUUGCCGAAAUAAGGAAUGGGAAAAUCCGGAUUUACUAACAAUUUGACUUAUCUCAUUGUAAAUAUAUAUAUAUUGCAUGCACUUUGUUCUGUUAUUUUAGUUUAGUAUAAUUGUGAUUCAAAUAGCCAACCGUAAGUUACCUUUAUGAGAGAGAUUUACGAUUGUAUAUGUAUGUAAAGAAAAACAUUUAAUAAAGUUUCCAUUAUUAUUAUCAAAGUUUUAAACAAAUUUUGUGAACUUUUUUUAUCAUGAAGUUACAGCAGGCAAUGGCGGAUAUUCAUCAAGUAGUUAGUAACACCGUUAUCUUGUUCUUGUUCUUUUUCUUGUUCUUGUUCUUGUUCUCGUUCUCGUUCUUGUUGCUGCUGUUGAUAUUGUUGAGGAUAGUGUUGUUGUUUCUGAUGUUGCUGUUGCGGUUGUUGUACCUAUGGCUACUGUUGUGAUGCUGUUGUAGUGGAUGUUGUUGUUCAUGUUUUUGCAACUGCUACUUCCUUGGGCAUUUUGUCGUUCAAUUGCAAGCUGUUACAAUUGUUGAUGCCGUUUUUGUUGGUUUGGUUAUUUUUGGUGAUGCUGCUUCCAUGUUGGUUGCUGUCGUUUUUACUCAAACUAACGGUAAUUUUUUUAAAAUUUUCUGUUCAUAGAUGAAGUCACCCAGUGCUCGAAAGACAAGUUGACGAUUGCGGACAGCAGUGGUCAUAGCCGCACAAUAUGUGGUCAUUCGUCAUCUGCCGGCUGCCAGGAUACCUACAACGAUAGUGAUGUCUCAUUUCAUUUUACAACUGACGGGAGUGGCUCUGGAAACGGAUUCCUAUUGACCUACAAACUCAUUGACAAACCAACCUCGAGUAAGUACGAUCAGUGA